ACAUUAAUAAAACUACAAUAUCCAGCAGCACUAGCUGCUGCAGAGUGUGAUAUAACUCACUACUGUGGAGGUAAACAUGGCUGCUGUCGGAGCCCUAUCAAGAAUAUCCCGGCUGGGCUCCACCGUAUGUAGGAACCACCGUUUAAUGUUAAGCGGAUGCUCGCAGAGACGAGGGAUAGCUGCAUGUAUCGACCCUUCCUAUGGACUCACAGAUGAACAGAAAGAGUUUCAAAAAGUGGCCUUUGACUUUGCAGCCAAUGAAAUGGCUCCACACAUGGCAGAGUGGGACCAGAAGGAAAUCUUUCCAGUGGAGACGAUGCGUAAAGCGGCCCAGCUGGGGUUCGGUGGGAUUUACGUUCAGCCAGACGUUGGAGGAUCAGGCCUGUCUCGGCUGGACACAACGAUCAUCUUUGAGGCGUUGUCCACAGGAUGUGUGAGCACCACAGCCUACAUCAGUAUCCACAACAUGUGUGCCUGGAUGAUAGACAGCUUUGGCAAUGAAGAGCAGAGGGAAAAGUUUUGUCCUGAUCUCUGUUCUAUGGAAAAGUUUGCCUCCUAUUGUCUCACUGAACCAGGCAGUGGCAGUGAUGCUGCUUCUCUUCUGACCUCUGCACAGCGGAAAGGUGACCAUUACAUCUUGAAUGGCUCAAAGGCCUUCAUCAGUGGAGGAGGAGACACAGAUAUCUAUGUUGUGAUGUGCAGAACAGGAGGUAAAGGCCCUAAAGGUAUUUCAUGUCUGGUGGUAGAGAAGGGGGCUCCCGGCCUCAGCUUUGGCAAAAAAGAAAAGAAAGUGGGCUGGAACUCUCAGCCGACCAGGGCGGUGAUAUUUGAGGACUGUGCGGUUCCAGUGGCAAACCGGCUCGGUGAGGAAGGUCAGGGCUUCAGCAUCGCCAUGAAAGGCCUGAACGGAGGCAGGAUUAAUAUUGCUUCCUGUUCUCUUGGAGCAGCACAUGCGUCUGUGCAGCUAGCGAGGGACCACCUGUUAGUGCGCAAGCAGUUUGGAGAGACACUCUCAAACAACCAGUUUCUUCAGUUCAAACUGGCAGAAAUGGCCACCAAGUUGGUUGCUUCGCGCCUUAUGAUACAUGAAGCAGCGAAGGCAUUACAGGAGAACCGCCCCGAUGCUGUUUUCCUCUGCUCUAUGGCUAAGCUCUUCGCCACAGAUGAGUGUUUUAAUAUCUGCAACCAGGCUCUUCAGAUGCACGGUGGGUAUGGUUACCUUAAAGACUAUGCAGUGCAGCAGUUUGUGCGGGACAUCAGAGUCCAUCAGAUCUUAGAAGGAACCAACGAAGUGAUGAGGAUGAUAAUUUCUCGAAAUCUGCUGUCGGACCUGUGAUGAGUCUUACCCUCUGGAAUUUAACUGACCAUAUUGUUGUGGUCUUCAUAUCUGGUUUGUUACAGUAUGACUGGAGGUGCCCUGCACAUCAUAGUUUUUUCACAGGUGGUGAAAAUCUAACGAACAAAUAAGUAGACAGAAUUUUUUAUCUCAGGAGAGAAUGCAAUCGAUUAACACUAGUGAUGUCUGAAUAUAAAUAUAAGAAAUCAAAUUAUGGCCACGAGAGCAGUUUUCUCUUUUCUCUGGCUAAACCUCCAGUAGCAGUAAGGAAAAAAAUAUAUUGUGGAAUUUAUAGUGAGAAGAGAUUUGAUUCUGUAUUUAAAAAUUGUUCAUCAACUUUGGUGUUAACAAGAGAAUAUGGUUCUUCAGCAUUACUGCUUUCAUGGUUACUGCAUUGUUACUGUAUUUCACACUAUUCUGUGCUCUGAAGUCUCCUGAAUUAUGUGGUUGGCGUAAUGAAAUGUGACCCUCCAAAUAAAAGGAUCUCAGCUUUCUUAAAAAGACUCCACUUGUAGUUUAACACCCUGAAUUUUUGCCUUUUCUGGUUACUGUUUGUAUUAAAUUAUAUUUACAUGUGGAAUUGAUCAUUAUUUAGUCAAACACUGCAGAACAUUUUAUUGAAAAUAAACUGUCAACAGUCA